ACAAGCAAGCAGUCAAGCAAUAGUUUUUCCUGAGAUGGCAGCAAGUAGUUCUGCUGCAAAUCCAAUUCUAUGUGCUUCUUUCAAUCAAGAUAACAGUUGUUUUGUAAUUGGGACGAAAGAUGGUUUCAGAAUCUUUGAUUCGAGUACAGGGAGGCUCCUAUAUGAACGAGUUAUUGGAGCAUUUGUUAUUGUUGAAAUGCUUUUCAGCUCUAGUCUUCUUGUCAUUGUUGGAGCUGGUGAACAGGCAUCUCUAUCACCCAGGCGUUUAUGCUUGUUCAAUACUAAAACUGGCAUUCCUCUCCGAGAAUUAAAUUUCUUAACUUCAAUUCUGGCUGUUUGUGUAAAUAGAAAAAGGCUCAUCGUGGUUUUGCAAGGAAAGACAUUCAUAUAUGAUAUAAACAGUCUCGUUAUCUUGGACACGAUUGACACAGUGCCAAAUUUGAAAGGGCUUUGCGCUUUUUCCCCAUGUUUGGAUGGUUGCUUUCUAGCUCUUCCAGCAAGUACCACAAACGGGUCUGUGUUAGUCUACAAUGUUAUGGAUCUCCAUUCACACUGUGAGAUAGAUGCUCAUCGCUCACCUUUGGCUGCAAUGGUAUUUUCUUCGAAUGGGAUGUACAUAGCGACUGCAUCUGAACAGGGGACUAUAAUCAGGGUUCAUUCUGUUUCAGACGCAACCAAGUCUUACAGUUUCCGAAGGGGAACAUACCCAUCAACUGUAUAUUCCUUGUCAUUUGGACCGUCUACUGGACUUCCUGAUAUUCUUCUAGCUACAAGCUCUUCAGGCUCUGUUCAUGCUUUCUUUCUUGGUUUGGCUAUUGAUCAAAGAAGUAGAAGGUCAAAUACCUUUCUUGGAUCAAUUAUACCUGAUUCUGUCAGUGAUGCACUUGAUGCAGCUCAUCAUCAUGUUCUUCAUAAUGCUGUUCAACCCGGAAUAAGGAGUUAUGUAGUGAUCCGCAAGGUCGACAAAGUUGCUGACACGUCUGCAUCUGAAUCUCCGGCUUGCAGAGCCACGGUAUCCAUAAUCACACACAACGGAUAUUUCCUGGAGUACUUCCUUAAUAUCAACCAUCGGAACGAGUCUUCUUGGACGUUGGAUCGAGAAUUCAAUCUUCUAACAGCAAUCUCCGAAAGCGGAUCCACAUCAUCAUGAUCCUUGGUCUUGUAAGUUUUAAUCAAAUUAACCUUUUUUAUCCUAAGCUAAGAAAUGAUCAAACCAAGAGCAAUCUUUUCCGGUCUAAGAAAUGUAUGACGCCAUCCUCUGAACCCUCCCACUGUACCAGUCUAACAUCCAUCAUUGGGGAGGUAAAUCGCUUACUGGUACAGAGGUAAAUCGCUUGGUGAUUGUUGUGUAUUGCUCUAGGUUUGGCUUUUUAACUUUUGGAAAUUGUCUUUAAUAUUUAAAAAUGGAAUUCGUGAUUGUAAAAUUAUAGUUGUAAAUAAUUUUGGUUUAGUGCUCA